GACAAGUAUUACAUAUUAAAUGAACCAUCUAUUGAUCCCAUGUUGUCAUUGCGUCUCCACGGCAGUGCCAAGAACCCUCCUCUUUGUUUACUCUGCAGAAGCUCUUCUUUUAUUCUCCCACCAUCCCCCAGUGUUGUAUAUUACUCACACUUAUUUAUGCUUCGUUUUCUCUAGCUUACAUAGGAGCUUUACAGUAUUUACCUACAUGAAUAUUUUCCUGCCCUUUUAUCGAAAGACAGACGCCCUGGUUGAGCUCUCUCCGACCUGCAAGAUGGAGCGCUGAUCACGCCGCGGAAAAAAAAACGAGUCUCUACAGGUGCGUACGUAAAGCACAGAGAUGCUACUGUUUGUUUACCCGGUUGAUUAAUUGCCUCUGACUCCUUUGCGAUUUCUGUAGUCAUUGCCCUCCCUGUCCAUCCGCCCCGAGAAAUGGAGGACAUCCGGCCAACAGCACGAUGGGCGAACCGCAUGUUGCGCCCGCUGGCCUCCAUCUACCGUCGCCUCGAGAAACACCAGGAGAUUGUGUCGAUCAUCGGAGCAAAUACCAAGUACAAGGGGAAGCUCGAUGCGCGCAAUGUCACCCCCGCCGCUGUGUCGAAUGGCGCGCAGGUCGGGGAUGAAGGCCCUGACUUGGAGGGUGGCGACCACGACCCUGCGUGGGUGCCGGGGAGGCAGGUGAAGCGUCGGAUUCGACACAAGUAUACCACGAGGGGCGAAGGGAAGGGCGAGAGGAGGAAGAACAGGGUGUGCAUGCGCAGCCCGGAGGUGAACAGGACGCUUCCCGGGGCGAUCGAGAUCGCGACACCGUUAAUUAUGGGCAAGUCGAUGAGAGCGGUGGCGCCGACAAGCCUGCAGAACCGAAAGUCUCUCUUUGCACCUCCAUCGACGGUACCGGCUGCCUCCUCUGGCGAUCUCAGCGAGGGACCAAAACCGCUGCGGAGGAAGAAGGACCCGAGUCUCUUCAAGUACCAGGGGACAUGGAAGGAGGUUCUCGACAAGUCCGGAGAUACAGGUCUCAUCGAUAUUGCGCGCUUUCUCAACCGCAUAUUUUUGAAGUUUUUAACGAAUACCCGCGUCAGCAACGGCCCGUUGCAACAUAAUCAAGGCACCAGGACGCUACUAUCUAUGGCAGUGCGGCGCCUGCCGGAGUUUAUUGCCGAGGAACAACGGUUACAAGAAGAAGAAGAGGACAUGGAUGAGGACAUCGAUAUGUGCGACGCAUAUUUUACCGAGUUGGAGACGCAUUACGCACCCAGUGGGAACGGAUGGCAGCCGCUACGGGAAGCCGUCCGCGCCCAGGGCAUCCAUCUGGUGGCCGAGAUGCUGAAGCAGAAAUGGCUAACUAGGCCGGUUGCCUGUCGACUUCUGGAAGAGUGCAUGCACCAGGCCGAAUACGACGCCUUUGAGACGCUCUUGUCCGGGUAUCUCGCAACUGUCGAAUCGUAUGAUUAUCCCACCGCAUUAAAUUCGCCUCGAUUGACGGACCAAUGCACGGAUCCUGUCCAGUUAUUGAAUGCCUAUUAUUUUGAGUCUUCAAGAAGCCUGUCGUAUGUCUUCGCCGAGCUAGCGAAGCUGCUACUCCGCCGCGCGAUCCCGCCUGAGUGGAUGAUCACGACCUUGUGGAAGAAAUGCGUUGAUGACGCCGUUGUGUCUCUGUCAACUGACGAUGGCGACUCGGCUGCGGCUGCGCAUCUCAUCGAGGCCGUGAUCGUCGCGGCAAGCUGCAGCUUCCCCGCCAUCGACGGGUCUCUUGACAUGGCGAAUAUGAGUUAUCCUGUCGGACGACAGAGAGGCACACGUGCGUCUGCUGCCAGUGAGGCGGCCUCGCUGGCAAAGAGGGUCCCUUGCCCGAUUCCUGUGCAAGAUGCACUCAGUAAUCUCACUGUGAGCCUGGUUACGGUCCUCUGUGGGAUGUGUAUGGUUCGGUCUCGCCGCUCGCUCGCCGCUGACCAGAAAGACAUCAACGCGAAAAUGAAAUCUAUCGUUGGAUCGCUCGUGCUCAUGGUCCAGCGAAGCAUCAAAGCGAGCUCGGUUGAUCCGAAGGCAGGCAAUCCCCCCACGUCUCAGUCUCUCCGAUGCGGCUGUAUUCUCUUGGGGUACUGCUUGCUACUGUUUGAUGGGUGGGUGUCAUCAGAAGGAGGCCUUGAACCCAUCUAUUUGCGACCCUUGCAGAUGAUGGAGUCGUUCUUCUCAUCGUUAGCCGCCCAGCAAAAGACGGUGAAAGAGCUGGCAGUGCUGGUCCGGCAAGUCUUCUACUGCUACGAGCGUGCCACCAAGGGCGAAGAGGGAACAUCGGUGUCGCGCAUGAUGCGGACCAGAAUCUCCCAGCUGCUCGAAAUGAAGGGGAUCCGAGGUGUUUCGGAAUUUUUGGCAAAGGUUGCUGUAGAAGCAGCCAUGGAUUAUGCCGAGAGUACUUUGGAGACGGAGGACCAUGUCUGGGCACUGGAAGUUCAGGAAAAGGUUGCAUCUUCGCAGACUCUGCAGAAAGGCGGCGGCAGCGGCGACGACAACGAAACACGGCAUGUAACAGCAGCAGCAAUGGAUCUAUACCGGUGGGAGGAAAGCAUUGAGGAGUGGGUGGCAAAGACACCUGCUGUGCCCCGUCCCAAGAAGACGCUACUGCCCCUUCGGACGACAUCUGUGACGCGCAAGACUUCAGCUGUGGUGAUUGCCUGCUCCACGGAUAGCAGCGCAUCGGCGUUAGAGUCGCGGUCUAGUGUCACUUCAUCGCCUCCGCCGUCGAUCAAACGCCAUCCUUCUCGCAAAGAAGGAAGAGAUGAAGAAGAAGAAGAUCUGGAGUGGCGGCCCCGGAAGAGACUGCGAGCUUUCCGCGUCGCAGCAGCAACAGAGCGGAGAGCAGUCCCAGAGCCGUCUUCUUUUACGACAACGACAGUGACCAAGCACCGCCGCUCGGAACGCGCUGCGCUACGGGAGAUGCGUCAUGCAGCCAACCUGACCGACCCGGGUCUAUCGCGGCGCAGACAGCCCUCGUCGAAAGUGGAAGUGGUCAUCAUCAACCACAAACAUCAACAGGGACCAGCUGCUGCGCAGGGCGAGUCGUGCCGACCCGUGCCCGCGAAUAUGGACCAGUGUAUUCCAUCGCACUGCAGCAUGCAGGCCCGACACGUUUCAAGGGUUUCCUCCUCUGACCAGGGCUGCAGGACCAGAACCUUAUCAACACCCAUCACUAGGCGAAAGGCUGUCAUACCUUGUUCACAGGACGAGAGUGAUGACGAGCUUAGCUUUUUGUGAUAGAUCUCUUUUUUGUUUUUUGUUUUUUGGCUAACCAACUAUUGGUUGGGAUCAGUAAAGUUUAGUGCAAGACACUUUACCCCCGACACUAUCUCGAGAACUUGGAUGAAAGCAAGUACCCUAUUUACCCUUAAUUCUUUAUCUUUUGGUGCCCUUUUUUUACGACUUCAUGGUUGAUACCCGGGAUAUCUCUUUUUACCGGCGGAUUAUUGGAUGGGGAUUCUUCUUGCGGUGUUGGACAUUUUUGGGUGCUCUGUGCUUUUUUUUUUAUUGGUUUUUUUUUUCUGUUGAAAGCGAUAGAAC